AUGCAGUUCAAGUCUCUCCUUUCAUCAGCGGCUCUGCUGCUUGCUGGAUUCGCCCAGGCCCAGUCAACCGCCUACACCGACGCCAACUCUGGCAUCACGUUCCAGUCAUGGACCGACCCUAAGAGCAACGCCACCUUUGGUAUUGCCCUCCCUGAGAACCCCACCACCGACUUCAUCGGCAUGUUCUCUGCCCCCAUCACCAAAGGCUAUGCUUCCAUGUCUCUGGGUUCGUCCAUGGCCAAGAAGAUCCUCAUCGUAGCUUGGCCCAACGGUGACGCCGUUGUCUCGUCGCUGCGAAAGGCAUCUGGAUACUCCAACCCCGACGUCCUUGACGAUAGCUCUGUUGUCCUCUCGCCCAUCGAGAAGGGAACCACUGUGGGCGCAUCUUCCUUCACCUUCACCUUUUUGUGCAAGGGCUGCAUCAAGGACGACGGAUCUUCUUUCAAGGCAAGCGAUUCCCCUGGUAUUUUGGGAUUUGCUGUGAGCGACACUGCCCUCUCCAGCCCCGAGUCCGCCGACGGUGCGCUCAACUAUCACGGCGCCGGCUUUGGUGGUUUCUCUCUGGACCUCGCCGCUGCCAAGUCAUCAAAGUUCAGCUCCUGGGCCGAACUUGCUUCUGAUGGCACAUCCAACACCGGCCCCAGCACCGGUGGUGGCUCCGCUGGCAACGUCACCACCAUCGUCUCCAACGCAACCUACGACUACAUCGUGGCAGGUGCCGGUGCUGCCGGCUUGAUCGUUGCCGAGCGAUUGGCAGAGAGCAAGAAGUCCGUCCUUCUCCUCGAGCGUGGCAAGGCCUCUUUCUACUCUUCCGGUGGCCGCGCCGUCAUGGACUGGAAUGACACCGUGACCCAGUACGAUGUUCCUGGAAUGGGUUACUACCUCACCACUGCCGCUGAUACCAGCGCCUACUGCACAGACACUGCAAGCAUGGCUGGCUGCAUCCUUGGAGGCUCGACUUCUAUCAACGCCAUGAUGUUUGUUAGGCCCCAGCCCGUCGACUUCGAUGACAAGUGGCCCACAGGCUGGAAGUGGGAAGAUGUCCAGGCUUCAGCUGAGAAGCUGUACGAGCGCACACCCGGUACUACAUCCCCAACCAAGGACGGCAAGUUGGUGGACCAAGGAACUUGGAAUGUGCUGAGCAAGUGGCUCUCUGGGAACAACUUUGUUGAGGUCGACGGCAUCGAGCAGUCGGACAAGAAGCGGUCCGUCUUUACUCACCCGCCUAUCAUGGUCAAUAAUGGUCUGCGUGCUGGCCCUGUUCGCGACUACCUUCCCCUCGCUCAGGCUCUUCCCAACUUCAAGCUUCAGCUCAACACCAAGGUUCUCCGCGUUAUCCGAGAGGGAAGCACCGUCACCGGUGUCGAAGUCGAGACUGGGCCUACCACCCGCCAGAUCAUCAACCUCAAGGCCAACGGUGCCGUGAUCCUCGCCUCCGGUGCCCUUUCUACGCCUCGAGUCCUCAUCAACAGUGGAAUCGGCCCCUCGGAUCAGAUCGCGACCGUCUCCAACGGCACCACCCGCAUCACCCUGCCCGCCAAGAAUGACUGGAUCAACCUCCCCGUUGGAAAGCACCUCAUGGACCACCCUAUCUUCACCGCCACGUUCAAGACCAAGCAGUCCCUCGCGGCUCUGCCCAGCACUGAGUUCACCGACCCUAGCCAGACCAACAUUGACCUCUACGCUCAGGGAUCCGGUCUGAUGGCACAAUCUGGUCAGCGCCUCAUCUUCUGGUCCUCCGUCAAGAGCGAGGCUGACGGAAUCGAGCGAUAUGUUCAGGGAACUUGCAACUCUCCUUCCAACGACACUAUCAAGAUGAAGAUUUACCUUACUCACGGUGCCACUUCGACUGGAUCCUUGGGUAUGACCAGUGCCGGAGCUACCAAGCUAAUCUCUGAGCCGUAUCUGAAGACCGAGGGUGACAAGGAAGCCAUCAUCACCUUCCUCAACCAGCUCAUCUCUUACGCCCAGAAGCCCAACAGCACCCUGACCAUCGCCUCAAACACGACUGCCGAGUCCAUCAUCUCCGACUACACCACUGGCUCCCACUUUGUAGGAACCGCUAAGAUGGGCACCGAGAACGACGGCUCCAGUGUUGUGGAUGUCGACACCAAGGUUUGGGGCACCGACAACCUCUUUGUUGUCGACGCCAGUAUUCACCCUGAUCUGCCGACGGGUAACACCCAGGCCAUGGUCAUGGUGGUCGCUGAACACGCUGCGGACAAGAUCAUCAACCGAGGCGGAACAGUCGUCACACCUACCGUUCCCACAAACGGCACUGGUUCAUCUGGCACCGUUGGCGGAACUGCUUCGUCUGUCACAACUCCUUCCGCUGCGACCAAGACGUCUGGCUGCGGAGGUCGUAGACGUCGACGAUCACUCCGACACCGUCACUGGUAG